CGAACUUGCUAGCGACCCAACGCCGUCAAGAUCUCUAGCACCCAAUCCCGUCUAUAUUGAAGGAAAGUAAAACUUCCAAUAUAGUCUCAUGGCAAGCUAGCUUGUACUAGUGGACGGGAGUCUCGCAGCAGAACCGGCGUGUGCCUUCGUUCGACACAGUUGGCCGCUUGUCGCGUUGGCAUUUCAUUCAACCAGGGCCAUAAGCCGUCUCGAUCGACAGACAGCGUACAUUCACCAUGGACAGCACCCUCCGCCGCCGUCCAGUCAGAAAUGAUUCUUCAGAGUCGCCGACGCCCAGGGCCGAGAGUCCUGUCAAAGAUGGCGAGAAGGUCAGGGUAGUCCACCAUCGGCCAAAAGCGCGGAAACGGAGGACCACGGCGAUUUUCCUGCUAGGCAGUCUAUUUGGCAUCAUAGCUGCUGGUUUUUUUGCCAAGAGCAAUGACUUGAUUGGAUUCCCGGAAAUUGGGGAGCUGAGCAUGGACAGCCUGUUCGACGUUCUUCCGGCUGGCUUGGUGAAGGACAUGCGGGAUCUCGUCGUACGUUAGCAUGCACACGAUGAAUGGCGAACGCGAUUUUCUUGACAGUUAUGACGC